CGGUGGAAGGAUCAUGGCGGCGGCAAGUUUACUGGAGGAGUAUCGGAGGAUGCCGAGCAUCACUCGGGCCUAUACCAGCGCCUGUGUGCUCACCACUGCGGCCGUGCAACUGGAGUUCAUUACUCCAUUCCAACUUUAUUUCAAUCCUGACUUGAUAGUCAAGAAAUAUCAGGUGUGGAGACUACUAACCAACUUUCUAUUCUUUGGGCCUUUGGGAUUUAGUUUUCUGUUCAAUAUGAUCUUCUUAUACAGAUACUGUCGAAUGUUGGAAGAAGGAUCAUUCAGGGGAAGAACGGCUGACUUUCUGCUCAUGUUUAUUUUUGGUGGGUUUUUAAUGACACUGUUUGGAAUCUUUGCGAGCUUGUUCUUCCUGGGUCAGGCCUUCACCAUCAUGCUCGUGUAUGUGUGGAGCAGGAGGAACCCGUUUGUACGAAUGAAUUUCUUUGGCCUGCUAAAUUUCCAGGCUCCAUUCCUGCCUUGGGUGUUGAUGGGAUUCUCACUGCUUUUGGGAAACUCUGUCAUCGUUGACUUGUUGGGAAUUGCUGUCGGCCAUAUUUAUUACUUUCUGGAAGAUGUAUUCCCAAACCAACCAGGAGGAGUGAGGUUGCUGGUUACUCCAGGAUUUCUGAAGGCAAUAUUUGAUGUUGCAGAGGAAGAUCCCAAUUACGACGUGUUGCCUGAGGACCAGCCUGGAGAGUUUGGUUGGGGUCAGGGGCAAAGACUUGGGGAACAGAAUGAACAGAACCCUAAUGGACAGCAGUGAUCUUUCACAUUCCAUCGAGAAACUGGACACUUCUGAAAUGAAGUUUUUUAAUAAUGUUAUUUUAUGUAGAAUUUGUGCUGCUUUCAUGGUCUUUGAUUUCCAACUUUUGGCAAUUAAAAUGCAAAUUGAUCACAGUUACUAUCACGAGCAAAUUGCAGGAUAUUCUCCGUAUGGAGUAUCUAUUUAAUUCUGUUUUGAACAUUUUAAUUGCAAGGUCAUUGUAUCCUAGGUGCUUAUAAUGAGAGAGAUUCUUCGUGCAACUGAAUAUUUAAGACAGCAGGCCUGCUGGCUUUUUCCAGGCUGCUGUAUGAAUGUAGUGUCAAAGAAUCUUUGAUCCUACCAAGGAAACUGUGGGGCUACUGUGAUGUUCCUGUGUCGAAAUACUUUAUUGACUUUAGUGUUGAAACUCACAAGGCAGCAUUGAGAGUUAGCACCUUCAGGAAAGUGGGGCAAGGAAUCUUUGGGUGUGAUUUUGACUGGGGUUUCUGCACUUGGUUUAUCAUUAUCUAAGUUCCUGUCCUUGUUCCAAAUGCAUUCUGGAACUGAGAUUCAGCAAAGGGAUGAGCUGUUUGGGACAGAAAUGGAAAAGCUUUUGUCCACUUGGAUUAAGCCUUGUUAUUUAUGCCUAGAGAAAUGAUACUUUCUGAUAAUGAUAAUCUCUUUAAAACCAGCUCCUAAUUUUAAAAAAAGUCACAAGUAUUUGUUGCAAAGUCUUUGAGAGGUACCAGGAUCAUCUUUUGUUUUUGUUUCAUACUUGGAUUAAAUGUGAGGACUGAAGGUUUUGAUUUUAUGUGAAGAGACUUGCACUCAAGGGUGUAUGUGUAUGUGAUUGGAUACUCCCUCUAUCUUCUUAAUUCAUUAUAUGAUGUUUAGUUCUGAUUCUUGUGCGGUUUGUUGAUAUUUCAGAUUGUUGAUUUGGUAUCAAUAAAUUGUAUAGAGGCUAUGAGGCUGGAUUUGGGAAGCCUGUUGCUUACAAUUAUGAUCCCUGUAGAGACCAAUAACUUGAAGUUAAUUUUAUAGUACCUGAUGAAAAUAAAAAUAAACUGAAUGUAUUAAGACUGUUACUGUAAUAAAGAAACCAGAAUUAACAUUG